AUGACAUGGGGAGAGGAGGAGGGAGGUUGGAUAGGGGAGGUGGAGGAGGAGAAGGCUCGUGGGACCGUCUGUCGCGGGACGGGCUGGCCAGCUGGGGCGCGGAGCCGGGAGGAGGAGGCAGCAGCAAAGGCAGCAGCAACGUUCGGAGCAGUAGUAGCAGCGGCAGAAACAAGUACCAGCCACUCAGCGGCUCCACCAGCCCGAGCAGCCACAGUUCCCCGGCCGCGAUGGCGCUGCAAAGCCCAGCUAGCGAGGAAGCCAAGGGGCCCUGGAAGGAGGCAGACCACGAACAGCGGGAGCCGGAGAAUAGUCCGGAGCCAGAGCCAGAGCCUGAGCCUGAGCCUGAGCCUGAGCCUGAGCCAGUGCCGGUGCCAGUGCCUCCACCGGAGCCCCAGCCGGGGCCCCAGCCCCUACCGGACCCCGCACCUCUGCCAGAGCUGGAGUUUGAGCCCGAGUCGGUGCACGAACCUAACCCCACGCCCACAGUGGAGACCCGCGGCACCGUGCGUGGCUUCGAGCCUCCCGAAGGUGGCUUCGGCUGGAUGGUCGUGUUCGCGGCCACCUGGUGCAACGGCUCCAUCUUCGGCAUCCAUAACUCUGUCGGGAUCCUCUACUCCAUGCUGCUGGAGGAGGAAAAAGAGAAAAAUCGCCAAGUGGAGUUCCAAGCAGCAUGGGUAGGAGCUCUCGCGAUGGGUAUGAUCUUCUUCUGUUCUCCCAUUGUGAGUAUAUUCACUGACCGUUUGGGCUGCCGAAUCACAGCAACUGCAGGAGCUGCUGUUGCUUUCAUUGGCCUCCAUACCAGCUCCUUCACCAGUUCCCUAAGCCUGCGCUACUUCACCUACGGGAUACUCUUUGGUUGUGGCUGUUCCUUCGCCUUUCAGCCAUCCCUCGUCAUCCUGGGCCACUACUUCCAACGCCGUCUGGGUCUGGCCAACGGUGUUGUGUCUGCUGGGAGUAGCAUCUUCUCCAUGUCCUUUCCCUUCCUUAUCAAAAUGUUGGGGGAUAAGAUCAAGCUGGCCCAAACCUUCCAGGUGCUGAGUACCUUCAUGUUUGUCCUUAUGCUGCUUUCACUCACCUACCGGCCCCUCUUGCCCAGCUCCCAGGACACCCCAAGCAAAAGAGGUGUACGCACUUUGCAUCAGCGCUUUCUGGCUCAGCUCAGGAAGUACUUCAACAUGCGAGUUUUUCGCCAACGUACCUACCGCAUCUGGGCCUUCGGGAUUGCUGCUGCGGCCCUUGGCUACUUCGUUCCCUAUGUACACCUGAUGAAAUAUGUUGAAGAGGAGUUCUUGGAAAUCAAGGAGACCUGGGUGCUUUUGGUGUGUAUUGGAGCUACCUCAGGCCUCGGGCGUCUUGUGUCAGGUCAUAUCAGUGACUCCAUUCCUGGACUUAAGAAGAUCUACUUACAGGUCCUCUCCUUCCUGCUCCUGGGCCUAAUGUCCAUGAUGAUUCCCCUGUGCCGGGACUUCGGGGGCCUCAUCGUUGUCUGCCUCUUCCUGGGUCUGUGUGAUGGAUUCUUCAUCACCAUCAUGGCCCCCAUCGCAUUUGAGCUGGUGGGUCCAAUGCAAGCCUCACAGGCCAUUGGCUACCUCCUAGGCAUGAUGGCCCUACCAAUGAUUGCUGGGCCCCCCAUCGCAGGCCUCCUCCGCAACUGUUUUGGGGACUAUCAUGUGGCCUUCUACUUUGCCGGUGUGCCCCCCAUCAUUGGGGCUGUAAUCCUCUUCUUUGUUCCUCUGAUGCAUCAAAGAAUGUUCAAGAAAGAGCAGAGGGAUUCCAGCAAGGAUAAGAUGUUGGUGCCUGACCCAGACCCCAAUGGGGAGCUGCUGCCAGGCUCCCCCACCCCUGAGGAACCUGUCUAAUGCCUUUUUCUUGUUAUUGUGUGCUCCUCCUUCUCAGCCCUUCUUCUUCAUCCCACCCUGCUUGGCAUUUACAUUUUUGCCACCAGCACACUUAUUCCCAAACAUGUACACAUAGCAUUUCAGCCACCUUACCAUUCCCUUGGAGCCAAAACUCUAGGUGUUCCACAUUCUACCAAAUUCUCCCCCAUGGAUGCCUUUAAACUUUUCACGGUCCUUCUCCCCGGAUCUGGGCAAGCUUGGGAUGGCCUUCUGGCCUUUGUAAUCACUGCACAUACUUUCUGAUCCCUGAAGGAGGAGGAUACAACCUCCUGGCCUUAGCUUGUUGUCACCCUAUAAAAUCAGCUGCCAAAGGUGCUCUGUGCGCCCCAGGAGCCUAGUGGGGGAUAUCCGAAUUUUUACUUGUUGAAGAGUUCAUUUCCAUCCUUGGGAACCAUUUAGGAGUAGGGGAAGGGAAGCAAAGCUGACACAAGUAGCCCUGGUUAGGAUCAGAGUUCCUGAGACUGUGGCUUGCCAAUAACUGUGUACAGGGGAUAUCCCCAUGUUACUAUUGGUUAAAGUCUGCUUCUCUCUUCUUUUUAUUCUUCUUCUACUGCCUCUUCUCCAUUUCUUUCCCUUCUAUUUCUUUUUAUGACUGCCAUAGACACAUAGUUGCUUGGAGAAAAGAAAGACCCAGAGUUUGGGCCAAUCAUCUUUAUCUUGGUUCAGUCUACCCCUAACACUAGAAUUAAUCUCACUCAUCUCAGACUGAGCCACAUCUCAAUUAUGGGCUCAAGGUGAUAUAAUCAUAGACUGGAACAGUAAAAUAUCACAUGAGGAAAGAACUCACUGAUUUUUACAGAUUUCCAAAACCAAUGCACUAAACUGAAGGCCUUCCCAUCUCUUCACAUUUAUAUCUACCUGUCAAACUGUGAAGAAACUCCUUUCAUCUCAGCAAGAAGAGAACUGAUGAUAGUAAACUGGCAGGGUGAGGGGAGAUAUAGUGGUUGUUAACAUCUCUUAAGAUGAGUCCUUUCAAGAGAGGACUCCAUCUCUCUAUUUUCGUGACAGGUCAAUAUUUCCACUUGGGUCAGGCUAAGAAAUGGACUAUUUUAGGAAAAACCUCAUUCUAGCCUUGGAUCCCAAAGAGGUACAUGCAGCAGCCACAUAAGGGUUUGACAAUUUAUUUUAGGAAGGGGAUGCCUCCUUAGGCUUUACCACUAAGCAUGUUGCUCCAUGCUGGGCAUCCUGGGCCACUCUACUCAGUGUGCAUUAAAGGUGCCAGAAAAGAUACCCUCUGGACUACCUUCAUCCCUCUAAACCAGGUGCCAGAUGCUUCUCUAUAUCCAGGCUCUGGAUAACAGAACAUUCCAAGUACCCCUAGCUAGGGGCAAGAAGGCACUGCCAGGCUGUGUCCAACUAGCACAGCUUACCUCACUACUCUCUCUCUCCUUACUUUGUCUUUGUGUCUCUUUCUUCCCCUUCUUUGCUUGCAUUGUUGUGUUCCUAUCACCCAACCUUUCAUCAACUUUUUACCAGGAAUCCCUGGCUGUCACAUGAAGUCAACAGUAAAUUGUCACCGCAAACUAAGGUCAUCCUGGGGCCAGGAGGAUGAGGUUUCCCAGGGGGGCUCCC